GUCAUUGCUUCGAAUGCACGACUAUGAGUGGUGUCGUAUGCAGGAACUCUUCUGCUUGUGUGGACAAGUGUUCCUAUAGUUGUGUUUGUCGCACUUUGUUAUAUUACUACUUGUAGGUAUUCCAAUAAAGAAACAUUCGUGAUGGUGCCGGUAGUUUGGUUCUUAGGUCAAUACGGAAGAUGCGGCUUACACGUUGCAAUACUUUUAUUAUUCGUUGCUUAUGUUAUGUAAAACAACGAGAACAACUUCCAAGAGACGGCAACAAGAUAUUAGAGAGAUUGUGAAUAUGGCAGAGAGCGGAACAGAGUCAAAAACUAUUGAUAAUCAAAUGAACAAGAGUCAAAUGGAUGUCAGCGAAUGUCUUGGCAAUUGGCUCAUUUAUUUGCAGACUCUCAAUGGUCUUUGUACGGCUGGUACUAAAUUGGCACAAUCUCUUCAAGCACUUUUAUCCGUACAUGAUACUGUUGCUCAGUAUCGUUUGUCUGGGCAAUGCCUUGCUGGUUGGGAAGAAUUAUCAAGAGCUACAAAUGUUGCCAGUAAUACAGUUAAAAAUCAUGUGAUCGCUGCCUUAAAGGAUCAUGAAGCCAGAAAUAACGAAGGAGAUAAACAUGACAUUCUCAGAGACAAUUUGUUAACAUUUAUUAAUUUGCAAUAUCAAUUUUGUGUGGCCUGUUGCGAAUGCCUUGGUGGUAUGGCUGAAUGUUCUUGCUCACAGAGUGGUAGUGCUGAUUGUGAUAUAGCUGCGCUUCAACAAUGUUUCGAAAGAUUAUAUAGAUCACCAAUUUCAUCUUCCACGACGCAGCAACCGGUACAAAAUUGUCACAGAUCACCUUUACCAUAUCCGUUGUUUCCUCUGCAGGUCCAGAGGAGAUGGUCUGAGACAGCUGCAGCAGAUAUGUCAGGAGAAUCUUCAGAAAAUACUAUGAGAAGAUGGUCUAUGCCGUGGGAUUGUCGUCAUGUUACAGAAUGGCCGCGACAGGAAGUUAGAUCUAGACUUAAAGUACCCCAUCAAGAUCGUAGUAGAUCUACUACACCCGAUUCCGUUUGGAAAGCCUCUGCAAUGGCUAGUCAAGAUGGUCUUCGCGAAGCUAUUCAACUUCUGUCUUGUAAACCAGGUAUAAGGCCAUCGAAUCAGUUAUCGGUUUACACUACUCAGCACAUUCCUGGUGUAACUUUAACUACAUGUAAUUAUGAAACAAAUUACGAUUCAACGAUUUGGCCUGAAUCACGUAGAGUAUGUUCACCAAGAUGUUGGCCACACGAUUCUCAUUCGAGCGAUCAUUCCGAUCAAUCUGGACAUCGUGACAGCGAUCAAAGUGUUCACAGUGGAGAUCAUAGAGAUUCAGAGCAGAGUGUUGCUAGUGGUAGUGGUUAUGGGGAUAGCAAAGAUAGCAUUCAUUCUCAUAGCGAUCACAGAGAUAAUGAACUUGGAACAACGGAGGCUUUACCAUCGCGAAAAAGUAGUUCUUCGACCGACUCUUGUGUCUCUGCUUAUAGUCGUUCUGGUUCUGAAAGUGCUGGCGGUGGGGAAUGUUCAAGGUCUCAGUUAUACUGUAUGUGGAGCGGUAACGAUGUACCUUUCAUUAAAUUACCAGAAAGCAGUGAAGUGCAGGACGAACAUCCGCCGACCUAAAGUGUGUGUUAUUUUCUACUAGCCCCUAACAGCCCCCCCCCACCCGGUUUCAUGUAAUUUGAUAUCGUGUCGACGAAUUAGUGAAUGUCAAUUUCAUUCGAAACACUUGGAACUUAUAAAACAGAAAUAUCUGUAAAACUAAAUGGCCAGACAAUGUUUUUAAUGUAGCAGAAUCACAUAGUGAUUCGACGAAUUCCAUUGGUGACAUUUACAUGUUUGAUAUUUAAUGAGCGCAGUAUGACAGCGGGUUUUAACUUUUAAAAUGGCUCAUAUAGAUUGUGGGUCUAUAUAAAAAGAAAAGAAAAGAAAAAAGGAAAAGGAAAAAAAAAAGAAAGAAAAUAAAAAUAAAAAUAAAGAAAAAGAAAAACAAACCAAAAGGAAAAAAAAUCACAUAACUAUUGUUAUCCGUUAUUCUUUCAUAUUUAUACUCCAAACGAAAGAUUAACUAAGUUCCAAAGUAAAUUUAAUCGAUUGGAACUUAUCAAAGUAUGAAAAGACCAUGUGAAAUUUGUUUGUAAUAAUAUAAUUACGUUAUUGUCGUGAGUCGAUACAUUUCAGUGCAAUAAUGAAACAUAUCAUAGCUCAUAAUUUAUUACAAGUAACAGUGCGUAUCGUACAUUGUGUUAAUUAGUAAUGAUUUUGUAAUUAAUGCGAAAGAAACGCAUUAUCGAGCGAAGAUGUAAUAAAUUCGUAAAUCAAUAA